GUGCUGCUAUGACUAUCACUGGUGGCUAUAUGCUUAUGACAUCUAUGAAAAGAUACUUUUUGUCUUGGAUUCCUUGUAUAAAGAGGCCAAAGGAGAUAGGGUGCAGUUAGACAUAUAUGCGAUAUAAUUUCGUUUUGCUCACAUGAUAUUAUAUUAUGUUGUUUAAUAGUUUUAUUUAUUAACAAUGAACCUUUUUCCAGAGCAAAUUGAUUCAACAAAUGGUCUCGAUAGCUGUGCCGAACUAUGAGCUACCAAAGAAUGACCCGAUCCCAAUUUAUUUGAAUCUCCCUAGACAAUCAAAUAACUAUGAUUGCGGAUUGUUUGUAAUAAAAUGGGUAGAAAUGUGGAAUCCUAGUAGUAUCGAGAUUAAUGUGUCCAACAUGCCAGAAUGGGAGGAAUUUGAGUGCGUUAAUCUAAAGAAGCAAUUGGUCAUCCAAAUGCUUACAUCACCUUCAAAUGCCCUUCUUAAGGAUGUUAUAAACAAAUCAGAGAAAUAUAGAGUGGUAAAGCCAACUCCAGCUCAAUCAAGUCCUUACAUAGUAUGUAAUACUGAUGAAUAGAUGAUCCAAUGCCUUGGUUCAGCUGGGAAGGGCUUUAGAAAGAAAGCUCUCGUUAAGAAGCGCAAAAAUUGAAAUUCAAGACUUAGAGUUACCAUCUCUUUUUAGGGGUUAUUGGAUAUACUUGUUUUGUAUAUAACAGAGUUCAAGGGAUCAUUAGAUAUACUUGUUUUGUAGAAAGGUAUUGUUUUGUAUUUUUUACUAUAUAGUAUGCACUCACUUUCUGAACCUCC